AUGCGGUCGUCUGCCUCCGCCGGGCUCUCCGCGGCCAUCUCCCUCUCUCUGGGCGUACUUCUCAUACAGCCGCUCUCCGUCCGCGCCGUGACCAGCUAUGCGAACGACUUCGUCGACCCCACCUAUGUCCUUGCAAAGGACUUCAGCAAUAUCACCACCGAGGCGCAGGCGACCAUCAUCUCGUGGGCCACCUCUCUCGCUAGCGAGGGUCCCUGGACCGUAAUGAACAAAUCUGUUACCCCUCCUUCCGGCGACAAGCACGACUACAUGAGCUGGGCACCAUACUCCUGGCCAAACUGCACGAGCGUCGGUAACACUACCGCGCUCACGGACGAAGAAGUCUGGACAACGUGCCCGUACGAGACGCGCGACGGGCAGUUCAACCCCGACGGCCGGCUCGUGAACGACGUCGGCGCGUUCUCGGACCUCGCGGACGCGGUGCUCUACAACGCGCUUGCGUGGGCGAUCAAGGGCAGCGGCACGUACUCGGGCAACGUCGCGACUUUUGUCAAGUCGUGGUUCCUCGACGCGGAUACGGCCAUGAACCCGAAUCUCAACUACGCGCAGAUGGCGCGCGGGCCGGACGGCCAGGUCGGGCAGCAUACGGGUGUUCUCGACCUGAAGUGCAUGGCGAAACUCGUCAGUGGGGUGCUGAUCCUGCGCGAGGGCAACGCCGCGGAGUGGACCUCGGAAAUCGACGCGGGCUUCACGACGUGGGCCGCGAACUACACCACCUGGCUCACCACCGCGUCAAUCGCGCUCGAAGAGGAGGCCGCCGAGAACAACCACGGGACGUUCUACUACAACCAGCUCGCGGCGCUACAGGUGCUCGUCGGAGAUACUACCGGCGCAAAGGCGACGCUGGAGAAGUACUUCACCACGCAGUACAUGUGGCAGAUCGACGCGAACGGCGACCAGGUACCGUUCUCCCGUGCCUGGCCACUGGAGACCGCGCGGACACGCCCGUACCACUACCGCGCCUACAACAUCGCCGCCAUGAUCACCAACGCGAAGAUCGGAGCAUACAUCGGCUAUGAUGCCUGGAACCUGACGACCUCGAACGGCACAACGAUCAAGACCGCGCUCGACUACGCGCUCAAGCAAGACGCGGGCACCGAGACCGCGUCGGAAUUGUACCCGGAUAUCGUCGCAGUCGGCGCGACCUACGGGGACGCGGACGGGGCGUACGCAGCAUGGAUGCUCGCGAACGCGAAGAAGGCGUAUCCCGAAGACGCCCAGUUCUUCUGGAACCAGCCCUUCAGUGACUCCGGGCUCGUCAAAACGAGCAGUAGCAGUUCGACGACCUCAUCGGGGAGCGGGAACGCGGCGUCCGGGGAUACGGACACGAGCAGCGACAAUGGUGCGGCGAGAGGCGCGUGGAGCGUCGUGGCCGCGGUGUCUGCUGCUGCGCUUGUUGCUGCUGUGUUGUGA